AAGACGACCCACAAUGCAUUGCAGCGGACCAAGAUGGCCGCGCCCGGGGCUAGCUUGAGCGACAGCGAAAGCAGUGAGGAUGACGACGCCGAGGAGCUGCAGCGCUGCCGGGAGGCGGCCGUGCCGGCCUGGGGCUGGGGGCCGCACCCGGAGCGGGGACAGGAGCUUGCAGCUAAGGACCAUUUGCCAGCUGCCGGACCAAGCCUCAGACACAAGGUGGAUGAGCAUGAGCAAGAUGGGAAUGAGCUGCAGACCACUCCAGAGUUCCGGGUUCACGUAGCAAAAAAGCUGGGAGCCUUAUUAGACAGCUUUAUCACCAUUUCGGAAUCCAGCCCCAGGCCUACGCAGGCUCCCGUGCAGACAGUCCCCGGGGGGGAUGAUGGCUUCCGCCUCUUCUUCACAUCUGUCCCAGGCAGCCCAAGGGACGCAGCUCCUCCUGCCAGGAGCAGAAAGCGGCCUCCGUCCAGUUCCAGCAGUGACUCAGACAGUGAUGAGGAGUGGAGGAGAUGCCAAGAGGCGGCCGUGUCUGCGGCAGACAUUCUGCAGCCUGGAGCCCUGCCUGCCCAGGAGGCCCCCGCGGAGCAGCAGAUGCCCAAGAAGAAAAAGAGGAAGAAGAAGAAGAAGGGAGAGCACCAGGUUGGGCAGGGGAAGGGAGCUGGUCCUUGGGGGACCCUGGAGAAGCAGCCUCAGCCCCUGUCCCUUCACAGGGAGCCAGAAGGAGGAGAGGCCCAGCACAACGGGGGCCACGAACCGCUCACCACAAAGAGAAAGAAAAGGAGGAAGAAAAACCAGACCAAGGAAAGCGAGGCUCCACCAUUCCCAGCGCAGAAGGGCCGAGCAGCCAGUGCCGCCGAGUAACUCCAUCGUCAGGGGUGGCACCUACCUCCAGCAGCCACUGCCCCUCCAGGCCCGGGUCUGUCAAAUGAGGAGGACACCCUUCCCGAAGAAGAGGAGCAGGCCACUCUCAAAUGGGCCCAGGGCUGGGAGCCCUCCAUGACCUCUGGCCUCCCUUCAUACCCACUCUCUGCCAAUGCCUUGGGCAUGGCCUGGAGGUGCACUGGGAGGGCACCCUGGGGUCGUGGCGAGGCCUGGCUGCCAUCUGCGUCACUGGACUCCUCGGGGGCCCUCAGCCGCUUGAGGGUGGGAGCCGAAUAAAGCUCGUGGCCAGCGGCGCCCUGGCGCUCUGGCCCCUGUUCCAUCAGGUGGGGGACCUGGCUGAGGGCCACCCAAGAGGGCGUGGGCAAGCCCUUUGUGUCCCUGAAGCCACCCUGGGUCUAGCAACUGGAGAGGCUCAGCCGUGCCUGGGACAGGACCCUCUGAAAUCACUGGGGAAAUGCUUCAUGUGCAUUCCUACCUCCUCCCCUUUCCCUCUCCACUCCCCAGCCCUACGAGCUCCUGAGGACUUUUUUAUUUGUUUUCUGAAAAAAAUAUAGAAAUUUCCUGUAA